UCUCUCUGUAUGUCUCGUUGGAGACGGACUCUCGUCAGUGGCUUGUAAAGUAGCAGCGGAGUGUCCGCUCUCUCUCUCUCUCCUCGUGUGUUAUGUACAUGGUUGUCUGUGAGCGAGUAAGGAGAGUGUUACCAAGUGUCCUGCAUUAUAACCUAAAACCGUUGCAACACUGCAAGGCUGUGUACCCACGCGUCGCUUAUACGAGCUCGAUAGAGAAAAGAACGGAGACAGGGCGAGUGUGCAGCAGCAGAGUAUUGCACAGAGAAGAGCGAGAGAGAGACAGGAAGGAAGCCGCUGCCACCACCGCCGCCGCCGCAGCAGCAGUAGCAGCAGCAGCGCAAGCGAUAAGAUGGCGUCGCGCGUGUCGUCGUCGUCGUCGCCAAGCAGGAAGAAGUAACUCCGGCCGUGCGCUCUUUUGAUGAGGAUUCACAGAACAGUGAAAGAGCCAUUGAAUGAUCGGCAUUGUGGAGAAGUUGAGAAAUCCUAAAUAAAAGCAGCACUCGCUAGAUGCCUUUGUCAUCCAGAAACUGCCAGGCAGGCUAUAAAUUGUAGCCUUAGUCAAAAGCUGUGUGUCUGUCUAGUGACAGUGGAGCAGCACACAUUUCUUUUUGGAAUUAUCACUAAGUGAGUCAGCUUAACACACUCACACACAAAAAAUAAGCAGCCAUGAGGGAGUUCAAGGUUGUGGUGCUGGGUUCUGGUGGAGUUGGCAAAAGUGCCCUCACAGUGCAAUUUGUCUCGGGCUGCUUCAUGGAGAAAUACGAUCCGACGAUCGAGGACUUCUAUCGCAAAGAGAUCGAGGUGGACAAUUCGCCCUGCGUACUCGAGAUUCUCGACACCGCCGGCACCGAGCAGUUCGCCAGCAUGCGAGACCUCUACAUCAAGAAUGGCCAAGGCUUUGUCGUUGUCUACAGCUUAACCAAUCAUCAGACCUUCCAGGACAUCAAAGCCAUGAAGGAGUUGAUAACGCGCGUGAAGGGCACCGAGCGAGUGCCGGUUCUAUUGGUGGCCAAUAAGCUCGAUUUGGAGCACCAGCGCGAGGUUGACACGGCAGAGGGUAACGCCUUGGCGCAGAUGUGGGGCUGUCCGUUCGUCGAGGCGUCGGCCAAAAACCGCACCAACGUUAACGAGGUGUUCGCCGAGAUCGUGCGCGAGAUGAACUUUAGUCCUGAAAAGGAGAAGAAGAGCUACUGUUGCUGCUGCGUGCUCUAAUACUUAAUGCCCAAUCAAACGAGCAAAACGAUCGUGACGAACAGAAACUGUCGGAUGCGCCGAUAGUAUUACGUGUAAUAUUAUUGUAAUAUACAUAAAGAGCGUGAGGGAUAUUGAGAGGAAAGAGAGGGGAUCUUGUUUAAAAAGAGAGAAUGAGAGUCGACCAAACUACGUUGUUGAUGAUGAUGCGAUUGUUAUAAACCAAACUCGAUGUUAGUGCUCACAUGGCCGACUCCCCAUCAUUUCUCCGCAGAGACGGGACGAUACACCUUAUUUGGAGAGUACACAUGAAAUUAUUGUCCGUCAAUUUAUACGCGGAAAAGCAUACGCAAUUACACAUGCACACACAUACAUACGUAAAAUACGACCUUGUAUAUCUCCUCAUAUACUAGCAGAGUCGCAUAUUUUUCUAAAAUGCUCGACACGUUUUAACGCGCAUAUCACACACACGUACAGCAAACACAUUCACAGACAGACGUAAACUAUUGUAAUCGGCCUUUCGGUGUGUAAUCUACCUGCGGUAUAUAUUUUUUACAGCGAGCAGCGAGAUUGUGAGAGACAGUUGUGUACAUAGAGACGAGGGGUUAUAUAUAGAUAUUAUAUAUUAUUACGAGGGAAAAGAAAAUAAGUAAUAAGAAGAUUGUGUCUCGCGAUAGAGAGAGGGAGAGAGAUAGUUCGAAAGCCAUAGACAGCGAGAAAGAGAGUCGGGAUUUAUCGUAGCGAAAGAGCUAAACGAACGUUGAACCUUUUUUGAGUGUCGAGAGGGUGAUGUAUAUUUUUUUCGGCUCGGCGGCUGGCAUGUAACAUGUAUUGUCAAUUUUCUCAUAAUAAAUAGUCUCUCGAUCGAAUGUCAAGGAAAAGGAUUGUAUUGUCAAUUAAGUGUCUCAGGUCUAUAGAAUCUUUUUCAUGUGACAACAAAAAAACGCAACCAAUUUGUAAAUUAUUGUACAAAACAAAAAAUGAUUUUUUAGAAACGAAAAAGAAAAGCAAUUGCCAGGCCGACAAUCUAGUCAUGAAAAAACGAAGUAAAAGGAAAAUAAAUGAAAUGUCGGUAGCACGGAAAGACACGAUCAGGCUCAACGUAUCGCUCGACUCGACGCGUCGCGAUUCCCGUAAUUUUUGUACGAUGUUUAGAUUAAAUAAGCAAGAGCGCAACAAUUUCAUUAUUGUUUUUCUUUUUAUUCUCUGCUACCCUUCUUUCUUUUCUCUUCUUUUUUUGCAACUAAUCGUGACACGCAAAGUAAAAUAACAAAUUAUGUAUCGAGUGGAUGGUGUAUAUAAGAUUGAUCGUCGACCAGUUUUAGUCUCUUUUUCUUUUUCCAUUUUCUACGACAGACGUAUAUAUAUAUAUAUAUAUAUAUAUAUUGAGAGAUGUGAUGAUUCUUGUGCAGGACAACAAUCGAACGUUAAUAUUCAUGAAUUGCUGUGUAAUGUUACUGAGACUUAGUAAAUGUUUAUUACUCGAUAUGGCAAGUAGGCGUUACGAUCCCGUUUCGUUUUUUUUUUUUCAAUUUUUUGUUUUGUCGCUAAUUGUAUAAUCAAUCAUUUCCACGGCAUAUAUGUACAUACACGCAAAAGAAUUUGUAAGGUACACGCGAAAUAACUGCGUUGUACUCAAAAUUUCGUGUGUACCUCGCGUCGUUGAUUUGUCAUUAUUUUCGGUUCAGAUUGGUGAAACCUGUAUAUAUAUAUAUAUACGCGAGAGUGAGAAUAAAAACGUGCGAUUUCUUUUUUUACUAUACAUAUGCGCAAAUCUGUGUAUAUUAUUGAUUUAUAAACUCUUUUUAAUCGGAUAUAAAAAAAAAGACAUUUUUUUUAGUGAAUUUACGAUAAUGCGAUGAGAAAACAAAAAAACGAUUACGAAAAAAUAUGAAAUAAACUUGAAUAAAAACAUGUGAGGUAUCAUUAAAAACACGAAGGUUGUAUAAGUGUCAUUUUCUACGAUGUUGAUCGUGAAUUUUUGCGAAAAAAAAAGGAAAAUGAAAAUAAUGAAAAACCGAGAUAUAGUUAAUAAUUAUUUGUUGAUGUGAAGCUCUCUUGUAUUUUUUCUAAAGGUGCACGAGAAAGAAUCUUUCCACUCGAGUUCUUUUGUACGAAUAUAUUUGCGAGAGAACCCUUUUUAUACGUGUCCCGAAACAAUGUUUAUUCUUUUUUCUUUCUCGAUGAAAAUAUGUCGCACAAAAACAAAGAUACUACAUAACAAUUGUCCGAAAAAAAAUGUACAGAUACAAAAUGAAGCGUGAUGAGAGAGCAGCUCAAACUCAUUGAUAAACAUAAGGACAGUCCUGUGCAAUAAUUGCGUUUUCUUUGAGUAUUGUGCCCUGCCUUCAUUUGAACAUUUGAUACAGUGUAUUACAGUGAAUAAUAAACUAUUAUUA